CGGGGGCUAUUUCAACUAAAAAGUGUGGUGGUUUUUUUUUAUGUAAACGCUCGCCGAACUUAACGGUUUAACCUGCUGUUGGCUUUUUUUUUGGUGCUACGAGCUGAAUAAACGCUGAUAUGGCAAAAGAAAAGAUUCACAUCAACCUUGUUAUCAUAGGUCAUGUUGACAGUGGAAAGUCAACCACCACUGGUCAUCUUGUGUAUAAGUGUGGUGGUGUUGAUCCAAGAACCCUGGAGAAAUAUGAGACGGCUGCAGCCCAGAUGGGGAAAGGUUCCUUCAAGUAUGCCUGGGUUCUUGACAAGCUUAAGGCAGAACGAGAGCGUGGCAUCACCAUUGACAUUUCCUUGCUGAAGUUCAACACUCAGAAGUAUGUGUUCACAAUAAUUGAUGCACCUGGUCACCGGGACUUUAUUAAGAACAUGAUUACAGGAACUUCACAGGCUGAUGCUGCUCUGCUGGUUGUAUCUGCUGCAAAGGGUGAGUUUGAGGCUGGCAUAUCCCGUAAUGGUCAGACAAGGGAGCAUGUCUUGCUGGCCUACACCCUAGGCGUCAAGCAGCUUGUUGUAUGUGUUAACAAAAUGGACCUCACUGAGCCUCCUUUCAGCCAGAAACGUUAUGAGGAAGUAGUAAAAAAUGUAACCGUUUUUAUCAAGAAGAUUGGAUUUGACCCAGCUGCGGUGCCUUUUGUUCCCCUAUCUGGUUGGUGUGGUGACAACAUGCUUGCACCGUCACAGAAGAUGUCUUGGUUUAAGGGAUGGAAGAUCAAGAGAAAAGAUGGCUUUUCAAGUGGCAAGACUCUGUUGGAAGUGCUUGAUUCCUUGUACCCGCCAGUACGCACUGCCAGCAAACCUCUUCGUCUACCACUUCAGGAUGUAUAUAAAAUCGGAGGUGUUGGCACAGUUCCUGUGGGCAAAAUUGAAACUGGGAUUCUGAAGCCUGGGAUGGUUUUGACCUUCUCACCAGCUAAGCUGACUGCAGAGGUUAAAUCCAUUGAGAUGCAUCACCAGGGGCUGCAGACAGCUCUGCCUGGGCACAAUGUGGGCUUCAACAUUAAGAAUGUUGCAGUCAAGAACUUGCGACGUGGCGAUGUAGCUGGUAAUGCCCAGCAAGACCCACCAUCUGAUGUGAACAGCUUUAUUGCUCAGGUUAUUAUUCUUAAUCACCCUGGUAAAAUCAAAAGUGGUUACUCUCCUGUGCUGGACUGCCAUACCACCCAUGUCACAUGUAGCUUUACAGAGUUGCAGGAGAAGCUUGAUCGUCGCACAGGGAAGAAACUGGAAGACCUGCCUCAUUUCUUGGUCUCUGGAGAUGCUGCCACAGUCAAAUUUGUUCCGAUCAAACCACUCUGUGUAGAGAGCUUCUUCAGCUAUCCACCUUUAGGGCGGUUUGCUGCAAGAGACCUGAAGCAGACUGUUGCUGUUGGGGUGAUUAAGUCAGUGGAGAAGGUGAAUCAAGUGAGAAGGACUGCACAAAAAGUUCAAGUAUUAAAAUGAGUUGAUCAUUUAGCCCUUUUAUUACAAUCCUUUGUUUACCAGCAGUCUGGUAUAUAAACCUUAAGAGGUUGAAUUUGAGUUUGCUUUUUAUUGUUCAAGUUAUGUUGACUUGCAAGUUAAACUGCUGCUUUUAGUUGAAUGCCAAUGUUUAUGCUGUAAGUAAAUGGAGACUCUGUACCAGUUAUUUCUAGACUGCAAAAUAAAUUUGAUUUUGUCUUGUGCAA